AUGCCUCCCGGCAGCAGAACUACAACUCCCCGCGUGCCCCUCGGCGGCAGGACUACAAUUCCCGACGUGCUCUGUGGCGGGGGAAAGCAGCGACUCUCCGGUGUGGCGGGGGAAAGUAGCGACUCUCCGGUGUGGCGGGAGUCCCGAGCCUUCAGCGCGGAGCCCUCAGCCCUGGCCGAGCGCGUCCCGCCGAGCGCGGGCCCCAGCCCGCCCCGCCACCCGCCGCCGCGGGCCCUGCCCAGGAGGGUCUCGGCUGGCGGCCGGCGGAGCGGCACGGCCGGGGUCAGGACGCCGAUCCCAUCUCCAAAGUCCUUCCUGCUUAAUGGAGCCAGUGAAGAAGCCCUGCAGUGUGAAAUCGAAGAGCUGAAACAGAAAGACCUUGCUCUAGACCAGGAAAUUGCACAAUUAUUGUCUGAGGGCUACAGCCUGGAGGAACUGGACAAGCACAUCUCUCUGCUCCAUGAGUACAAUGAAAUCAAAGAUGCUGGGCAGAUGCUCCUGGGCAGGCUAGCUGUUAUCCGAGGGGUCACUACAAAGCAGCUCUAUCCUGAGUAUGACCUGGAGCUCAGUGACUAGUCCUGAACCUGGAGACUGCCAUGUCCUGCAAAAGUGACUGUCACUGGGCCAUUGCAUGUGGGUGUCAUCCUGGUUUAGAAGAGACAGAAGGUGGAAGAGGAACCUUUGGGAAAGAGAUAUGGUAUUUGAGAUAAUUUCAUGUAUUACUUGAUCAACACUAUUUUUUAAUUUUUUUUUUCUUUUUUUGAAAGGUUGUAGUUAGGUUGAUGUUGAGCCUCUUCCAUGGAGCCUUUGAUUCCCUGCAGUAUCCAGGGGCUGUUUGGUUAGUGAAUGGAUAGAGGAAGUGAGGACAUACAAAUGUGCAAUGUAAUAGCUGCUUUGAAAGGAAAACCCUCAGAAGAAGGGAGGGAAGAAGGCAGAAAUUAUGGUGGUUUUGGGGGUUUUAGUUUCUUUUAUCAACAAAUCCAGAGAAGUCUGGGUGUUCUGCAUUUUUGUAUUUACCUGCUCUGGUAUCUGGAGGUUUUGUAUCAUUUCUGUAGUAAAUGGCAAAAUAUAAAGUUGUGUUGAACUGUCCACUCUGAAUAAAGCAGCCUUCACAUCUGUCAGUAAUUCACUUUAAGAGCUUAUAAAACAUUGCAUGAACCUGGGAACAAAAUCUAAAACUAUAUUGAGACAAUUAUAACAUGAGUUAUUCCAAUGUUCUCUCCAGGAAUGUGCAGGUGCAGAAUCACUUUUCUCUGCUCUAAGUGCAGAAUCAUGGUGGGAGUGAGCACUGUCCUGGACAGUGUUGGGAGCACGAGUGUUUUGGUGUCAGUGUUAGGGCUGAGGGUGACUGCACAGACUAAAUUUGGCUGCUUUGGGCAGUUGGAAGUGAUGAAGUGCUCUGCUGACUGCAGAUCUAUUGUUCCUUUUUCACUCAGGCUUGAUGUCCUUCUGCCCAUUUUUACUUUCCAGGACCUUCUAGCCAGUAAGUUUCCCUUGUGGUCUGAAGUUAGGCACAUGCUGCAGUCUGCUUGUUACUUCCAAAUUUGAAUCAAAUUAAUCUGUCUUCAUUGUGAUUGUAAGUCAGAAACCAGUCACAAGGCUGCUGCUGAGAUCAGAUAAUUGGUUUUGCACUCCUGGCACUAAUAAGUGUCUUGUUUUGCCUCAAAAGCUGUGAGGAGUGGUCUCAAGCAGGGGGACAGAAAGAGCCUGCAUAUUCCAUGAUUCAUCCAAGUAAGUCUCAGCUGAUGUGCAGCUGUGCAGAAUAUUUUCUGUGGCCAGACCAGGGUGGACUCUCAGGGGGAUGUUCACACCCCUCCCCACCACAUACCCCUCUGCAAAGUGGGGAACACUCAUGUUUUGGAGUAGUUUUAAGGGGAGGAAAAAAGCUACAAGGUGGCAAGAACUGGGAAAUGCACACUUUGUCACUGUUUUGGCUGGUGUUUCCUGAGUGGAAGGACUGUUUCAGCCUGGAGUUUUCCAACCAAAAUGUUCCUGUCAGUGAGACACACAACUAGAAAUUGUUCUUGCAAUAUGAAAUAUAUACAGAAAUUCUUCAGUUUGUCUGAGGUGUGAGCUGAGGGGAUGAAGUACAGUCCAUUACCAAAGUUACUGAAGGUUGUUCAAGGAAUGAGAAGUCCAUGUUUUCUUCCCCACUCUGUAGGAGCACUGGGGUUAAAACUUGCAGAUGAAGCUGUGCAAGUGUCCUACUUGCAGCUGUAUGGAUUGGUUUACACUACAGGUGGCACUGGGCAGGGGUCCAGGGAAGGUCCCCUGAUCCCAAUCCUUUGUCCAUGGAGGAUAAGAACAUCCACAGAACUAACGACAGGGCACGGUGUCCUUGGGGAAUCCCUGCUGCUGGCAGGGUGGCUCUGCCAGGCAUUGGCAGCUGCGUUCCAUGGCUGUUCUGGCUGCUCUGUGCAGCCCAGAGGAACCCAGGACUGAAAGAUUCCAGGGACUAAGUUAAGGACACUUGGGAUGCUUCAGGAGGUCUUCAUCGGGGCCCCUGUGAUUGCCCCUCCCAGACUUACUCUUAUACCUUUACACUGUCACCUGGAGGAUGAAAUAUGCUGGCCUUUGUCCAAGUCCAGGAGAGGAACAGAACAAAUCUGCUUUCCAUAAAUAAAUUUCCAAACUUGCUAAGUAAGUAUGUAACUGGAAAGCCAUUGGGUGCAAUAAUGGUAAAUGUAAUUCCAGAUUUUUAACUUAAAUUUAGAAAGCAUAUUUCUCCAAAGUCAGACCCAGCUAAUAAUGAGCUAACAGAGACUGAAUGGUAUCAGAGAGUUUACAGUUUCACCAAAGAGCAGGACUUGCUGUCUGCAAGGAGCUUCUGCAGAGGAGGAUACCAGAGACCACUGAACACCCUUAGCUCCUCAGGAAAAAAAAAGGUAAAAUAAAGUAGCACUUGCUGGGUUUUUUAUGAGUCAAUGUACAUGGAGCCAAGAACCAACUUCUUCCCUGUCAGGUCAUCUUCCAUUUUAUUUUUUUGUAUCCUGUGCAUUAGUUCCCAUUAUAAGCCACUUUUCAUCUCAUGCCUACUCUGGAUAAAACCAUUUCCUUGCAUUGCUUUGGGUAAGCUGCGUUUUCUCCUGCAUAUCCCUCAUUUAACCCAAUUUUGAACUCUCAUGUGUCUGAGAGCAGGGCUAAUGGAAAGGAAACGCUCCAGGAGGACACAGGGAAAAUAAAAUCCAUACAGCAGAUAAGUUAUGCUGCCAGUUGUAAGCAACAAAUCUGUGCAGCCAAGGGAAUACAGCUUUCUAAAGCACUACUUCCUGGUGCUAAACAAUUCGGGAAUGGGUUUUUAUAUCCCUUAGCAACCCAAUGUUCUCAAAAUCAACAGGAAUUUUGGCACAGCUACCUCCUGUUAAUUAAUUGUGAUGCUUUAAAAAAAUUAUAUGGCCUGUCACUGACAAAA